AUGCAAAGAAAACCAUCAAGAGAUAUUAUUGCUUUCUUUAUUUGUUACUUUAUUGCUUUAUUUCAUCCUUUAUUACCUUCUUUCUUCCUCUCUUCCUUUUUUAUCUUUCUAUCUUCCUCUCUUCCUUUUUUAUCUUUCUAUCUUCCUCUCUUCCUUUUUUAUCUUUCUAUCUUCCUCUCUUCCUUUUUUAUCUUUCUAUCUUCCUCUCUUCCUUUUUUAUCUUUCUAUCUUCCUCUCUUCCUUUUUUAUCUUUCUAUCUUCCUCUCUUCCUUUUUUAUCUUUCUAUCUUCCUCUCUUCCUUUUUUUCUUUCUCUUCCUCUCUUCCUUUUUUUCUUUCUAUCUUCCUCUCUUCCUUUUUUAUCCUUCUUUUCUUCCUUUUUUAUCUUUCUAUCUUCCUUUAUUACCUUCUUUCUUUCUUUCUUUCUUUCUUUCUCUCUUCCUUUAUUACCUUCUUUCUUUCUUUCUCUCUUCCUUUAUUACCUUCUUUCUUUCUUUCUCUCUUCCUUUAUUACCUUCUUUCUUUCUUUUCUUUCUUUUUCUUCUUUCUUUUCUCUUUUUUAUACCUUCUUUCUUUCUCUCUUCCUUUAUUACCUUCUUUCUUUCUCUCUUCCUUUAUUACCUUCUUUCUUUCUCUCUUUCUUUUUUAUCUUUCUAUCUUCCUUUAUUACCUUCUCACUUCGUUUAUUAGCUUCUCUCUUCCUCUCUUUCUUUAUCACCUUUUUCUUCUUUUAUCACCUUUCUUUUUCUUUCUUCUUUUAUUGCUUGUUUUCUUUUUUCUUUCUUCAUCUGACAGCUUUGUUUCUCUCUUCCUUUAUUCCAGGUAUGGGUUAA